GCGCGAUUUAGCUUCUGGCAACACUGGUGACACUGCAAGCAACGUUUAUUGUGUAUUAAUUUUAGUUAAAUUCGUUUUUAAGCCUAUAGUUUAAUUAUUUAAUUUAUUACAAUGGCCGAAUUUUUGGACUCCGAAGCCGAAGAAUCUGAGGAGGAAGAGGAAUUGGAUGUCCAUGAGCGCAAAAAAUUAAAAAAGCUAAAGGCCGUUUCGGAUAGCAGCGAGGAAGAGGAAGACGAUGAUGAGCGUUUGCGCGAGGAGCUUAAAGAUUUAAUUGAUGACAAUCCCAUUGAGGACGAUGCCAGCGAAAAUGACUCGGAUACGGGAAGUGGCGGCGAUGAAGGUGGGGGAGGUGGCAGCGGUAAAAAGCGUAAAAAACAUGAAGACGAUGAUCUCGAUGAUCGGCUCGAAGACGAUGACUAUGAUCUGAUUGAGGAGAAUUUAGGCGUAAAGGUUGAAAGACGUAAACGUUUCAAACGUCUAAGACGGAUUCAUGAUAACGAAAGCGACGGCGAAGAACAGCAUGUGGAUGAAGGAUUGGCACGGGAACAAAUUGCUGAACAGUUGUUUGAUGAGAACGAUGAGAGUGUCGAGCGACGCAGUGAGCGUAGUCCUCGUGAGGCUGAUGCCUAUGAUGAGGAGGACUCUGAAUCGGAUGCAGAUGAUUUUAUAGUAGAUGACAACGGUCGCCCUAUAGCAGAGAAGAAAAAGAAACGUCGUCCCAUAUUCACAGAUGCUUCCCUUCAGGAAGGACAGGAUAUUUUUGGCGUUGACUUUGAUUUUGAUGAUUUCUCCAAAUAUGAAGAGGAUGAAUAUGAAGAUGACUCGGAAGGCGAUGAGUACGAUGAGGAUCUUAUGGGUGCCGAUGAAGUGCGAGCAGCGAAAAAGAAAAAGUCACUCAAAAAGAAAGUGUCGAAAAAGACGAUUUUUGAUAUUUAUGAACCUAGCGAAUUGAAACGAGGUCAUUUCACCGAUCUGGAUAAUGAGAUACGAAAGACAGAUAUACCUGAGCGUAUGCAAUUGCGACAAGUUCCCGUCACAGCUGUGCCAGAUGGUUCGCACGAAUUGGAUGAUGAGGCCAAUUGGAUAUAUCGCUUUGCCUUUUGCAAACAAACCGUAUCCGAGCAGGAGAAAGCCGAUAAUCGUGAGAAAAUGCGUAAACCGCCAACAGCAGUAAAUAAAAUAAAGCAAACACUCGAGUUUAUCCGCAAUCAACAGUUGGAAGUCCCAUUUAUAGCCUUCUAUAGGAAGGAAUAUGUAAAGCCCGAGCUAAACAUAGAUGAUCUGUGGAAGGUUUACUACUACGACGAACGCUGGUGCCAGCUGAACGAGCGCAAGCGCAAACUGAAGGCCUUGUUUGAGAAGAUGCGGCAAUUUCAGUUGGACACGUUGUGUGCGGAUCCGGAGAAGCCACUACCCGAUGAUGUGCGUCUCAUGCUGGACAGUGACUUUGAGCGUCUCAACGAUGUGCAGUCGAUGGAGGAGCUGAAGGAUGUGCAUAUGUACUUUCUUCUUAACUAUUCCCACGAGUUGCCCAAAAUGCAAGCCGAACAACGACGUAAAUUGCUGCAGGAACGUCGCGAAGCCAAGGCCCGGAAGCAAGCUGCGGCCGCAGCAGCUGCUGAUGAAACCGGAGGCGACGCCAAUGACAACAACAACGAUGUCGAGCCGGUCGACCUCGAUGAAACGGAUGAAGCCGAUCAGCUAAACAUGGCCGAUGAGCAACUGAAACAGGCACCAAAUAGUAGCCCCUAUGCGGUAUUCCGCAAAGCUGGGAUUUGUGGGUUUGCCAAGCACUUUGGUCUUACUCCCGAGCAGUUCGCCGAAAACCUACGAGACAAUUAUCAACGUAACGAGGUCACACAGGAGUCGUUGAGCCCCACGGAGAUGGCCAAACAGUAUCUGUCGCCGCGUUUCAUGACUGUGGAUGAGGUUUUGCAUGCAGCCAAAUAUGUGGUGGCACGGCAAUUGGCCCAAGAGCCAUUGUUGCGUAAGACGCUUAGAGAAGUGUAUUUCGAUCGGGCCCGGCUCAAUAUUCGGCCCACCAAAAACGGAAUGGUCCUAAUUGAUGAAAACUCACCGGUGUAUUCGAUGAAAUACGUGGCCAAAAAACCAGUGGGCGAUCUCUUUGGCGAUCAGUUCAUCAAGCUGCUAAUGGCUGAGGAGGAGAAACUACUGGAUAUCCAAUUCCUCGAGGAGUUCGAAGGAAAUGCCAAUGCCAAUGGUCCACCUGGUGAUUAUGUGGAGGAGGCCAAGGCUUUGUACCAUCUCGAUCAGUUCUCAAAGCAUGUUCUCGAGUGGAAUACCCUGCGUGCCGAGUGCGUCCAGUUGGCAUUGAAGAAGUGGGUCAUACCCGAUCUCAUCAAAGAGUUGAGGGCAACACUCCACGAAGAGGCCCAACAGUUCGUACUGCGCUCCUGCACAGCCAAGUUGUACAAAUGGCUCAAGGUGGCGCCCUACAAACCAGAAUUCCCUCAGGACUACAGCUACGAUGACUGGAGCACUCUACGUGGAAUACGCACACUGGCUUUGGCCUACGAUCCAGAUCAAUCCGUGGCUGCAUUCUGCGCUGUCACCACUGUGGAGGGUGACAUAUCCGACUACCUCCGUUUGCCAAACAUACUCAAGCGCAAGAACUCACACAGCUCCGAGGAGAAGGCCCAAAAACUGGCUGAUUUACGGAAGCUAAGCGACUUCAUUAAGAUGAAGAAACCGCAUAUUGUGGUAAUUGGGGCCGAGUCACGGGAUGCCCAAAUGAUUCAGACAGACAUAAAGGAUAUACUCAAAGAGCUUGAAACGUCCGAGCAAUUUCCGCCCAUUGAAGUGGAGAUAGUUGACAACGAACUGGCCAAAAUCUAUGCCAAUUCCAAGAAGGGGGAGUCGGACUUUAAGGAGUAUCCAGCUCUGUUGAAGCAAGCUGUGUCCCUGGCCCGCAAAAUGCAGGAUCCUCUGGUGGAGUAUUCCCAGUUGUGCGAUGCCGACGACGAGAUCCUUUGUCUACGCUAUCAUCCGCUGCAGGAACGAGUGCCCAAAGACCUCUUGCUGGAGCACCUCAGCCUAGAGUUCAUCAAUCGUACUAGCGAGGUGGGAUUGGACAUUAAUAUGAUGGUACAGAAUUCGCGAACAGUCAAUCUAUUGCAAUAUACCUGUGGUCUGGGUCCCCGCAAGGGACAGGCCUUGCUUAAGCUACUGAAGCAAAGCAACCAGCGCUUGGAAAACCGGACGCAAUUGGUCACCGUUUGCCACUUGGGUCCCAAGGUGUUCAUCAAUUGCAGUGGUUUCAUUAAGAUUGACACUAGCUCACUGGGAGAUUCAACGGAAGCCUAUGUGGAGGUGUUGGAUGGGUCACGUGUCCAUCCGGAGACCUACGAAUGGGCCCGUAAGAUGGCCAUCGAUGCAAUGGAGUAUGACGAUGAAGAGACCAAUCCGGCUGGUGCUCUCGAGGAGAUACUGGAGUCACCGGAACGUCUUAAAGAUCUCGAUUUAGAUGCUUUCGCGGUUGAACUUGAGCGUCAGGGUUUCGGCAGCAAAAGCAUUACCCUCUAUGAUAUAAGGAAUGAGCUCAGUUGCCUCUACAAGGAUUACCGUUCACCGUACCAAAAACCCAGCUCUGAGGAGCUUUUUGAUAUGUUGACCAAGGAGACGCCUGAUUCGUUCUAUGUGGGUAAAUGCGUCACAGCUAUGGUAACUGGUUUCACUUAUCGUCGGCCGCAGGGCGAGCAACUGGACAAUGCCAAUCCCGUAAGGAUUGAAGCCAGCGAUAGCUGGCAAUGUCCAUUCUGCCAUAAAGAUGACUUUCCAGAGCUAUCCGAAGUGUGGAAUCAUUUCGAUGCCAAUGCUUGUCCAGGUCAGGCUUCGGGCGUGCGAGUUAGACUGGAGAAUGGACUGCCCGGAUUCAUACACAUUAAGAAUCUAUCGGAUAAGCAGGUGCGAAAUCCAGAGGAACGAGUUCGCGUCUCUCAAAUGAUUCAUGUGCGCAUUAUUAAAAUCGAUAUCGAUCGGUUCUCCGUUGAUUGCUCCUCCAAAACAGCUGAUCUCAAAGACGUAAACAACGAAUGGCGACCUCGGCGAGAUGCCUUCUAUGACUUUGUCACCGAGGAGUUAGACAAUCGCAAGGUAACGGAUGCCAAGGCAAAAGCAUUGAAGCGUAAAACCUAUGCCCGCCGCGUUAUUGCCCAUCCUAGUUUCUUUAACAAAUCCUAUGCCGAGGUUAUCGCAAUGCUUGCUGAGGCCGAUCAGGGUGAAGUGGCGUUGCGUCCGAGUAGCAAGUCCAAUGAUCAUUUAACUGCCACCUGGAAGGUGGCCGAUGAAAUCUUCCAACACAUUGACGUGCGUGAAGAGGGCAAGGAGAAUGAUUACAGUUUGGGACGAAGUCUCUGGAUUGGCACCGAGGAAUUCGAGGAUUUGGAUGAAAUUAUUGCCCGCCACAUCACUCCCAUGGCCUUGGCGGCUCGUGAACUGCUGCAGUACAAAUAUUACAAGCCCAAUUUGACACCCGCCAAUGGGAAUGAACGGGAUUACAUGGAACAGGUACUACGCGACGAGAAAGCCAAGGAUCCGAAGAAGAUUCAUUACUUCUUCACUGCUUCCAAGAGUAUGCCUGGUAAAUUUCUGCUCGCCUAUUUACCCAAGACAAAGGUGCGGCAUGAAUAUGUCACCGUCAUGCCGGAGGGUUACCGUUUUCGUGGCCAGAUCUUUGAUUCGGUGAACAGUUUGUUGCGUUGGUUCAAGGAGCAUUGGUUGGAUCCAACUGCUUCGCCGGCCACCAGUAAUAUAACGACACCCAUGCAUCAUCAGCAACAGCAGCAGCAUCAUCAUCAUCAUCAUCAGCACCAUCAUCAUUAUGGUACAAUGCGACCGCCCAUGUCGGCUGGCUUGAUGGCCUCUGGUGGCGGUGGAUCAGCGGGCGGCGGCGGUUCUUAUAGCAAUUCAGGCAGCGUUUCUGGCGGCACACCUAGAAGUGGUAUUAGUGUUGCUGCUGGCGGUGGCGGCGGCUCUAGUGCCUACUCCGUUUCGCAUUCCAUUGGUGGUAGUGGGAGCUAUGGCUCCAAUCAGAAUAAUUCGACCUCGACCGCUGGUCAUUAUGGCAGCUCAUCGACACCCUCGUUCGGUGGAACUGCCCACAUAAAUACACCCUACACGCCAAGCGGCCAGACUCCAUUCAUGACGCCAUAUACACCACAUGCCUCACAAACUCCGCGGUAUGGCCAUCAUGUGCCGAGUCCUAGCUCUCAAUCAUCUAGCAGUCAAAGGCAUCAUUAUGGAAGUGGCGGUGGCGGCGGCGGCGGCGGGGGUAUUAGUAAUGUCACGCCUCGCUACUAUGAUAUGGGUGGACCGAAUUCAUACAAUUCUGGUGCGGGAGGUGGUGGCGGUGGUCAGCAUCAGCAUCAGCACCAGCAUCAACAACAACAACAACGUGCCAAAGAGAACCUCGACUGGCAGUUGGCAAAUGAUUCCUGGGCACGACGCAGCAAACCUCAAUCACAGUCAAUGCCCCAACAGCAGCAGCAACAAUCCUCCUCUAUGAACAUGGGAAUGGGUAGUAUAACUGGACUUGGUGCUGGCGGUGCUGGUGGUGGCGGUGGCGGUGGCUAUAAUUCGACUCCUAUUAAUGAGUACAACACGAGUGGCAGCCGAUCCGCUGCUGCUGCUGCCAUCUCUUCCAAGUCAUCUGUGCGUAGUACUCCGCGCACGAAUACCUCGCCGCACUCCAUGAAUCUGGGCGAUGCCACGCCCCUUUACGAUGAGAACUAGUAAACAAAACUUUGUUCCUCAUCCCGCUGAUGCUCCUCCUCAUCCUCCUCCAAAACUAA